AUGGUGUUGCUGCUGAUAUCACUGCUGCUUAUGGGGCUGGACUGUUUGCUGGGUGCCCCAACAAGUAGAGAGGUCUACAGGAUGCCCCAAAGCACACUCAAAGCACAGAGGGGGGCUGUAGGGCCGGCGGCCCGAUUGAAGAAGCCUCAACAGCGCGCUGAGCCGCUGUCUGAUCGUGGGACAGUUGUUCUAGAAGCAGCCAUGGCUAGUGCCCUUUCCACUCUUGAGCGGGCAUCUUCAGAGAGAAGUCGGGCUGAGGCAAACUGUCGAGGCUGUGUUCCCUGUCUGUUUCAGAACUGUGGACAGCUGUCUGGGUCUUGCUCAUCUCCUUCUGGUGCUUUAUCAGAGCCCAGCUGUGAUAUAAUCAGUAAGGCUCAGAAGCUUCAAGGUGAGGCAGAGCGGAGCUGGGCUCUGAGUCAGGCCUGUGCGUACUAUCAGCAUCGCUGCCCACCCAGUGAACUUGACAGUGAAAGCUGCAUAAGGAUCAUGGCAGCAGUGUGUGGUCAGCGGUCGCCCACGGUGCAAAACACCACACAGCCACGCUUCAGGAUUGUGGGUGGCUCCCCUGCACCUCCAGGCAGCUGGCCCUGGCUAGUUAACCUGCAAGUUGAUGGCGGGCUGAUGUGCGGAGGUGUCCUCGUGGACAGCUCCUGGGUGGUCACUGCUGCGCAUUGUUUUGCUGGAAGCCACAGUGAGAGCUACUGGACAGCUGUAGUGGGGGAGUUUGACAUCACCAAGACUGACCCUGAUGAGCAGGUUCUUAAAGUGAACCGCAUCAUUCCCCAUCCUAAGUUUAACCCAAAAACAUUUAACAAUGAUAUAGCCUUGGUGGAGCUGACAUCCCCAGUGGUCCUGUCAGAACAUGUCACCCCAGUGUGUCUCCCUUCUGGCAUGGAGCCCCCCACUGGCAGCCCAUGUCUAGUGGCAGGCUGGGGAUCCCUCUAUGAAGAUGGCCCAUCUGCUGAUGUGGUGAUGGAGGCCAAGGUACCCUUGCUGCCUCAAAGCACCUGCAAGAGUGCCCUUGGCAAAGAACUAGUCACCAACACAAUGCUUUGUGCUGGCUAUCUUUCCGGAGGCAUAGACUCCUGUCAGGGAGAUUCUGGUGGCCCUCUGAUUUACCAGGAACGAAUUUCAGGUCGCUUCCAGCUUUAUGGCAUCACCUCCUGGGGAGACGGCUGUGGGGAGAAAGGCAAGCCUGGAGUUUACACCCGAGUGUCUGCAUUUUCUGACUGGAUUCAGACCGAAAUUCAGAAGGCAUUUGGGAGUCGGGAGCCAACAUGCUCAGAGCUGCUGAAAACAACUGAAAUGACGGAGGAGGAACAGAAAUCCGAGUUUAGCUCUCUGUGUCAUUUCUACACCCUGACCUGCCCUGCUGGUCAGUCUGCCAGUACUUGUAACCGAAUGGCUGAGGACAAAUGUCUCACCCGCUUCAAGAAAUGUCAGUUGCGAUCAUUCCUGCAGACCCUCUUGGACUUGCUCCAGAGGGCUGAGGACUACAUCAGAGACAAAGUAGACUUGACUUUCUUCACCCAGACUCUGCCUCAGCUUGUGGAGCAUAUCUACAGCACAGCUUUCACUCACACCAGAGAGAGGAGGGACCUCAGCCUGAGCCAAAGUCUUGCACAGAUUAAAGAACAGCUAGGUGGAGCUGUGAUGCCAGCAAAACAAGGUCCCUCUCACGCUCCACCAGCUUUAUUCAGAGAUGUCGGACCAUCAGUGGAUGACUGGGAGAAAUACCUGAGAAACAUGGCAGACGAUAUGGAUAAACAACACACUGAUGUUUUUCCAGAUAUGUCAGGCAUCACAACAAAAAGUCACGAGAACAACCUUUUUUUACAGACUCAGGAUUCCUUGGUCCAACAGCUGGCGGGAGAUUAUCAGUCUGUUAUUUCGGCUCUUCACACUAAAAUUGGCUUCAGAACUGCUCCUCCACUCCUGCACUUGGAUCCAGUCUACCUCCAGGAGGUCUCUCCUAACAGUGCCCCUUUUCCUGCUUCUUCCACUGGAGUGCCAGUCCACAGCGAUCUGCCCCCUUCCUCCAAGAAAUCCCAGGAGCCUUGGUCACUUCUGACAGUCUUGAUGGGUGAAAUUCAAAAAUUAAGAAGACAAGAUGAGACUGAUUUAGAAGGCGCAUCACAAAGUGAAACCUCAUCCAGCAGAGAUGCUUCUCCUAACAAAGAGUGGAGCACGACAUCAGAGGGUUUUACAUUUGCUGGGAAUGAGGAAAGAUUAGAAAUAAAAUCUUCAAUAUUACCGUUUUCAGAACAGGCGGCCACUGUUGACCAGCAAGUCAUCAAUAGCGCUCACACAGAGGCCUCUGAUCCCAGAUAUACUGUUCAGCCUUUAAGUCUUCACAGAAAACACAGGAGUCUUCUCGACAAGAGGCAAAUACCUGGCGCAAUGGGGAAAGUUUGUCCUGGAUUGAGAGAAUCUUCACUACAAGUCAGUCUUAUCAGAGACUCCUACAGCUGGGUCCUAAACAUCCCGAGCAAGAAUCUACAAAUGAACUUCCAAGAGGUGUUAGUUGAUCUGAACACUAAGAAUGAUCGAGGACUUUACCAGGCACGGAUAAAAGCUGUAGUUGGAGGACGAGCAUUGACCUUCUACAGUCUUGUGGGCCUGGAGAAUGACUCGUUCUACCGCAGUGUGCCGAGGAUCAUCGCUUUGGCACUCGAGGCUCUCAAAACUUAACUUCUGAGGAAGCAUGAGAAAACUCAAAUGACAGAUGAUGACACAAAAGUGGCCUUUGCGGAGCUAAAAAGUCUAUCCUGACAGAGAUUCCUUUGCUGUCUCCUGUGAAAAGCAUUUUAAUUUCCCCAGCUGAGGGCAUGACAGUGACUUUUAAUGCAGACCUGAAUGUAUCAAUCCAAUUACUGGCCUCAAGCCAGGUCACAGGGUUUAUUUUUUGUGUGUGGCCUUGUCUAACUUAUGAACCUGUACAAAAAUCUAAAUUAUUCAUACUGUCUUUUACAAAGGUUGAGCCUCUUGUGAAGCACACAGACUGUAUAUAUGUGUUAUUCAUGUUAUCUU